CCGAAAAACCAAAAAGUAACCACUAACCAAUUCUGAAUUCUCCUUUCCACACUUUGAAAUCUUGAGGUCAUUUCCGUAAUUUUACUCCGUGUUUUCAAUGUCGCCAUCGAACGGAAGCAGCAGCAAGAUCCGGCGAAUAGUACGGAUCCGGCAGAUGCUAAUGCGGUGGAGGAAGAAGGCGGCGGGUAGAGCGGCGGCGGACGUGCCGGCGGGACACGUGGCGGUGUGUGUUGGACCUAGCAUGAGGAGGUUCAUCGUGCGCGCGACGCAGUUGAAUCACCCGAUCUUCCAGAAGCUUCUGCUUCAAGCGGAAGAAGAAUACGGUUUCUGUAACCAUGGACCUCUCGCUAUUCCUUGCGACGAAGAGCUAUUCGAGGAGCUUCUUCGUGUCAUGACCCGACCCGAAUCCGUUUUCUCUACUUCUCUCGAAGAGUUUCAGAGAAGGUGCCACGUGGACUUCCGAAGUCAGGGUGAUGGUAGCGGUAAAAAAGGUGGUGGUCGUGGAGAAUCGUGGCCGUUGCUUCAUGACGAGUUGAUUUACUGAGUUGACUCGGAGUUACUGGAUCACUAACUUUUUUUUUGGGGUGGCUUUUUUUUUUGUUAGGCCCUAAUUAUUGUUAGUUAGUGGGAUGAUGAUGAUGACGACGAAGAAAAAAAAAAUGAUAUAAUUUUAAAUCAAAAAGAAAAAUAUGAUAUAUGGAUUAUUUAGGUUGGUUUGAUUAUUAUUAAUUUAUUCGUUAAAAUAGGAUGGAUCCAAUGUUUGUGUAUUAUUUACUUGGAAUUUAUAAAAUGUGAAAAAAAAAAU